GAGGGGUUUCCGUUAUCCUAAUUUUACCAAUGUCGUGUUCCAAUCCAAUGAUCAAUGAAACUGUUCACAUAAUAAAAACAACUUGCUAUUUCCACUCGCAGUGUUGAGAAAAGCAGUUGCAUAUUAAAUGUAUUCCAUUUAAAAAUCAAUAACUUCGUUAAAUUGAAGGUCAUCUGACAUCUCUUUCAUUUCCAUAGCUCAUUCGUCAUUGAUAAUCGUGUCGUAUUUAAAUCAAUAAAGUGGACGGUGGAAUUGUUGACAAUAAACUGGACCAGUUUUAGGGGAAAAAUGUUUUGCAACGUAUGUGGUGUAGUUGACGAUUACUACGACGAAGAUGCCCUAGUAGAUCAUAACAACACACCCAAACAUAUUAGUAACAAGAUCCUAGAAGCUUAUAAGCAGAAGAAAAGAAACUUUGCUAAAAAUCGGGAUGGAGUUAUCAUCCUUGGUAGAGGUGAGAGUCUGGGUAAACCUGGUGCUGUUAGAACUAAGGUUGAAGAUACAGAUCAUCAAAAAAUUAGGAUUAGUGCCAAGCCAUCGCAACCUGUAAAAUUUUCAUUUAGCAUGACUAAUGAUAUGAAAAAUGAAGAUUUGCUGAUAUUUGGGAUACAAUUAGCACAUCCACAGCCACAGUUUUCGAUAUGUGAUCAUCCAUAUAUAUUUGGGGAAGAACCAAAUAUAUUGGAAAAAAAGACAACAAUAAAUAACAAGGUGUCUGUAACAUUUGCUGCUUCGGAUAUUGGGACAUACGAGAUGCCUAUUAUGUUCACAUUUCAUAGACGAAGUGAUGAAAAAAACAUAAUAAUAAUUCGAGAAAUGGUUGUCUCAGUGUUUGAAGAGGAAAGUAUUCAUCUGUUUACUCGGAGUCCUUUCACCAAUGAAGUCUGGGUGACUGCAGAUACGGUUUUAUCAUGUACAGGUCUUUUACCUUAUCCAGCCAAGUACAAAGUACCGAAGUUGUUGGAUAUUCUUUUACCACAUGGAUUAGGAGAGAAAGCUUUAGAACAUAUUAAAGGCCCCAGAGAAAUUAUGGAGCAGCUUCGAAUAGUGUUGAUUUCUACAAGAGCUAUAUUUGACGAAGGACUUACGAAAAGUAAUUACAUGGCAUUCUUUCAUCAUCUGCUUUGGUGGGAGGAAGUUCAUAUAAAGUAUAAUUUAAAGAAUUAUAAUAUGUUCAGUGUAACAAUGGAUCGGAGGAAAGGUGCCUACAUUUUAGAAGUCCCCGGCUUAGCAGAAAAACGACCCUCUUUGCUGAGAGGUGACAGAGUGUACAUCAAGCCACGGGACACACCUACACUGAAUUUCGAAAGCACCAUCAGUAAUAUUGAAUUGAACAACAUCAUAUUGACAAAUCUGGACGAGACAUUUGAACAGCAUUACAAAGUGGAUGCGUUGUUCGACGUGCGUUUCGUGAUGUCUCGUGUGCCCGUUGAACGCAUGCAUGAAGCCGUCAACUCCAUACAUCGAUCCAAACAGCUGUGCAGAGUGUUCCCGCAAAGUCCUAAACAUUAUAUACCUCCUGCAGACAUUACCAAAUUCUACAAUAAAUGGAUAGAAAGUAACAAAGAGCAAAGAUCGGCCGUGGAACAUAUAGUGGCUGGUACAUCGGGCAAAGCUCCUUAUAUUGUAUUUGGACCUCCGGGCACUGGCAAAACUAUGACAAUCGUUGAAGCUAUCAUACAACUUGUAGUUCGUGAUUCAAGGAACAGAAUAAUGGUUUGCACAGAUUCCAACAUGGCCGCCGACCACAUUGCUUUAAUGCUUUUUAAAUAUAACAAAGAAUUAAAUAUAAAUAAUUUUCUGCUACGCGGCUGCUCAAGAUCACGCGAAUGGAGUACAAUGCCGCAAGAACUGGCGCGUGUCUCCAACGGCGACAGUUACGAAACAUUCCAUUCCCUGAGAAACGCCUACGUCUCUCAGUACAGAGUGUUUGUUACCACCUUACUUCAUGCCGCUAAAUAUGGAUCGGAGAAAAGUCAGGCGAUGUUCAAGUUGCAAAUGACGCACCUGUUCAUCGACGAGGCGGCGCAGGCCUCGGAGCCGGCCACGCUGGUGCCGGUGACGGGCCUGCUGGCGCACACCGGACACCUCGUGCUGGCAGGAGACCCGCAGCAGCUGGGACCUGUCUGCAUCUCCAGGGACGCCAAGGAUAGAGGACUGGGUCUAUCAUUAUUACAGCGAUUAAAGAAAACUUUUGACAAUUUUUACACCGAUGAUCCGACCUACAUAACGAUGCUCGUUAAGAAUUUCCGCUCACAUCCCGAUAUUCUGGCAAUACCGAAUGAGUUGUUUUACGAGAACAACUUACAGGCUUUGGCACAGUUGGAUCCAUUGAGCGAGAAGAGCAUACUGAACACUAAGGGCGGCGAGCACGCUGUUGUGUUCCAUGCUGUUAACUCUAAAGAACAAAGAAUGGGAAAAGCGCCAAGUUUCUACAAUGAAAAAGAGUUGGAAAUGCUAAAGAAAUACGUGAGAGCUUUGGUAAAUGUACAUCAUGUGAUGCACAAAGAUAUUGGAAUUAUUGCACCAUAUGUAAGACAGGUUUAUAAAAUGAAAGAAUGGCUGACUUCGUCAAACUACAAAGAGAUAGAGGUGGGCACUGUGGAGUCCUUCCAGGGCAAGGAGAAGAGAGUCAUACUGGUGUCCACGGUCAGAGCCAACUGCAGGCUCUUAGACUAUGAUGCAAAGUAUGGACUCGGAUUCUUAAUUGAUGAAAAGAGAUACAACGUGGCAUUGACCCGGGCGAAGGCGAAGCUGAUUAUUAUCGGCAACCCGGCUUGUUUGUCACGUGACAGCAAAUGGAGGAAAUAUAUGGCAUUCUGUACUGAAUUGAAUAGUUACCUCGGCAAAGAGAAUCAACAGAUGGAGCGGUCGGCACAAAUGCUCGUGGAAAUCACACGAACAAGAUUCGAUAGAGCCCGUAUUAGUGAGGAAUUAAGAAUUAAUAACCAAAACCCCUAUUAAUUGUAGAAAAAACUUAGAUUUAAGGAUGUUUUUUAGAUUAGAAUUUACAGUACUCUUCUUACGAUUUUUUUUUCUAUCUUUGAUUUUCAAAGGAGUUUCUAUAUCUUUAUUUUAUACUAUUUACACUAAUUUUUUUAGAAGUUUUUAACACAUCAAUUUUGACAUGUUAACUUAUGUUUCUUUAUUUAUAGAUUUUGUUGA